GGAGAAAAACCAGGUGAAAACAACUCAGAACCCAAAGACCCCAGGAAGCCAGAAGGGAGUGACAAAAAUUGCACAGCUGCUGUGACCAAGGAGAAGGAGCAGAAGAAUCAGAAAGCCAGUGCAAAGGCCGUCCCCGUGAGCUGGCUGAAGCCCGAGGAGGGGAUCACUGUGCACUUCCACGCCAUCAUCCCCAAGCAUGUCACCUUCGACCCCGAGCUCCACACGGUGUUCAUCAGGGGAGGAGAAGAGCUCGGACAGCCCAAGUGGAGUGAUGCUUGCAAGAUGUACUACAUUGCACUGGCAUCAAUAUGAUGACAUAAUUUGCAUGAAGCCUCCCGGGACCUUCCAGAAACUUCAGAACCUCUUCACUAAUAAGAUGAAGAAGGAGCUGGUGAAGGGGAAGAUGAUAGCAGCUGAGAUCAUGCUGGGCCGCAUCUUCAGCAACCUCCAGACCUGGAACCUCGUCAACCUGCAGAACUUCUUCACCCAGUUCCGGCAGUUUUACUCUGUUGUCCGAGUGCCUAUGAUUUAUGAAGGGAAAGCACAGCCCUGGCACAGCCUGGGCCUCGAAGAGGAGGAGGUGAAGGAACACCUGUGGGAGURUUUGAAAAAACAGAUUGAACCGUUUCUGGAAGGAAAGAGUGGGGAUGCCCUGCCUGAAGGCUGGCCUGUGAGGAGCAGACUGAGGACGGGCCUGGUCCUCCUUUUCCUGGUGGAAAAUGCCAGAUUCUGCUUGUCAGAAGGUGACUUGACCUCACUGUGCUCCAUCCUCUGCCCUAGCACCUGCUCUCCAGAUGUCCUACACAGUGAACUCCACCACAUCCUGGGCACAUCUGAGAGAUGGCAAGAGUACUUGGUCAACCUGUGCCAAAUGUGCAUAGACGCAAGAGUCGUCGACUGGCUGGGCAUCCUCCCUGUCCUGCACUACUGUAUGCAGCUGGCCCCUCCAAAAAAGGACUUUGUGAGCCAGCCUGAGGACAUCUGGGCUGGCCUCAAUGGAAUCUCCUUGUUUAUGUUUCAGGAAAAUUGGCUAAAUGAGAACCAGUUUCUUGACUUCAUGGAGAGCAGGAAGCAGUUGCUGUGUGUGGAUGAGUAUCUCUUUCCAUCCUGGUUCAGUUUGCUGCCUCUGGGAAGCCUGGUUCCCUAUAUGGAAAUCUCCAAUGAAUACUUGAGUCUCAUGCCCGCUCGGGUCCUGGACUGUUUCCUAGGGACUUACUACAGGCUGCAAUGGCUUCAGGAGAUCUCAAAGAUCUCAGAAGAUCUCUUGGAGCAUGUCGGGAAUGUUUUCAAAAUGCUGAUGCACCUUGUGGACACCCUUCAGGAUGUCGGGAAAUUUGGCAGCCUUGUGUCUGCUGUGAUCACCAAGUCCUGGCCCAGGAACAACAGAGAGGCUGUGGAAGGCCUGGAUGAGAUUCUUGAACACCUGCUCACGGGGCCAGAUGUGAAGCAGCUCUUCAAGUUGUACGAGACAGAAAGUUCUUCAUUCCAACAGAAAAAUUGUGACAUGGAAGAGACACUGGACUGGAGGAUGGGCGAAGUCAUGUUUCUGAAGAGAGAGAAGAGACAGGUGGACAGCCUCCUGAGGCUGUGUGGGAAGGUGAAGCAUCUCGUCCAAGUGGAUUUUGGAGAGAUUGAAGCAAGACACUCAGAAGACCUGAACUGCAAAAGACUGAAUGAAGCCACGAGGGUGAGACAGCCGGCGUCCUCAGCCUGCAAGCUGAUGACUCACUAUAACCUGGACCGUGAGGUCCAAAGAAUGGCUGCAAGGAUAGACUCGCUGAUGGACAGCCACAUCUUCCAGAUCUUCUGGGAAGAAGCUGCAGAGUCAUUAAGCCAUCCCCAAGGAGAAUCUGAAAGACAAACCCUUGCGCUUUUAGAGGCUUAUGAGUACUUGUACUCGCCUUGUUACCAGAGGUUCAUGAAACUGUAUCAGGAUCUGAAGUCAGGAGAGAUCACCUUUGGAGAAAUUAAUGUCUUCUUCAAGGACUUUGUGAAUAAAUACAAUGACCUGACUUUAGACCUCCAGAUCAUGUGUGAAGUAGACCCCCAGGCCCAGAGGGGCUGGAUCUCAGAGCGUGUUGAACAGAUCAAGGAGUACCAUAGCCUGCACCAGGCCAUCAGCUCGGCCAAGGUCAUCUUGCAGUUCAAAAAGGAUUUUGGAUUGACCGGUGACUUCAGUGUUCUUUACACUUUAAUAAACUUUAUUGAUGAUUUCAAGGCCACCCACCAUGAGAGACUGUACCAGAUUAGCCCACAGCUCAUCCAGGCCAAGAAGCUGUUGCAGGACAUCAGCGAGCCCCGCCGCCAGUGUCUGGAGGAGCUGGCCCUGCAGAAGGAGCUGGUCAGCUGGCUGCACGACGAGCUGAGAGGCAUCACCGAGCUCAAGGUAUUUGUGGACCUGGCCUCCAUCUCAGCUGGAGAAAGCGACAUUGACGUGGACCGGGUGGCCUGCUUCCAUGAUGCUGUGCAGGGCUAUGCGUCCCUGCUGUAUAAGCUGGACAAGAAAGCAGGCUUCAGCAAGUUCAUGGAAAUUUUAAGAGAACUCUGGAAGGCUCUGCAAAAUGACCCCCAUCUGCCCAGCAAGCUGCGAGACUCUGCCAGGAACUUGGAGUGGCUGAAGACAGUGAAGAAAAGCCAUGGGUCCAUCGAGCUCUCGUCCCUGUCCCUGGCCACAGCCAUCAACAGCAGAGGCAUCUAUGAGAUCAGGGCACCCACAGGUGACCAGAAGAUCUCCCCAGAUGCCAUCCUGCGCCUGAUCCUCCCUGGGGGUCACAGUGGCCUGGAGCCAGAGCGCUCCUACACUUUGGAAGAGCUGARGGAUCUUUUAAACAAGCUGAUGCUGAUGUCUGGCAAGAAAGACCACAAGAGUAUGGAAGUGGAGAGGUUUUCUGAGUUAUUCUGCCAUGUGCAGCGGCUCAUGCAAGCCUUCCUGAACCUGUACUCUGCGGGAAACAUGCUGUUCCGGACCUGGACUGCCAAGGUCUACUGCUGCCCCAGGAACGGCGUCUCCAUCCACAUGGACUUCCACUUGGAGUUGGUGCGCCAGCUGACAGAGAGUGGGGACGUCACCCGGCUCCUGGAAGCCCUCUGCAGGCAGAUGGAGCGCUUCCUGGAUGACUGGAAGGAGCUGGUGAGCAGAAAGCGCAGAGAGCACUUCUACCUCAACUUCUACACGGCCGAGCAGCUGGUCCUCCUGAGCACCGAGCUCAGGAAGCAGAGUCCCAGCGCAGCUACCCUCAUGAUGCUGUCCUUCAUCAAAGACAACUGCACCCCAGCUGACGUCUUAAGGGCCACCGAGGGGUUCAGUGAGGCCCCCAGACACCGCGUGAGGACAGUGAUGGAAAAGUUACCUCCGUUGCAGUCCUCUGAGAUCAGCCUGGUGACCAAGCUGAGGGCCAUCAUGGAGCAGUCGCUGGAGAGCAUGAGUGUCUUUCUGCCUGGCUGCCUGGACCUGGAGGCCCUGGGCCAUUGUCUGGCUCGCCUGGCCAGGAUGGGCAGGCCUCCUGUGGAGCGGUCUCUCCCCAUGGGCCUGCAGGCUGGCCAGCCCAACCUGGUCUUGUGUGGCCACUCUGAGGUGCUGUUGGCUGCCCUGGCCAUCUACAUGCAGGCCCCAGGCCAGCCCCUGCCCACCUUCGAUGAGGUGCUACUCUGCACCCCAGGGACCACAUUUGAGGAGGUGGCCCUGUUCCUGCACCGAUGCCUGGCCCCGGUUUCCCAGGGGCACAAGGUCUACAGCCUGCUGUUUGCAGACCAGCUGAGCUACGAGGUGGCCUGCCAGGCAGAGGCCCUCUUCCGCAGCCUGUGCACGCAGUGUCCCCGGGAGGACUACCAGCUGGUGGUGGUCUGCGACGCGGCACAGGAAUGCUGCUACCUGCCCUCAGCCUUCAGCCAGCAUAAAGUCCAUCUCAUCCCCCAGGCGCCCCUCCAUGCCAUCCAGGACUACCUGGCACGUCACUACCAGGUCCCAGCACAGACCCUGUCGGCGGCAGCUGUGUUCAGAGACCGGAUGUGURUGGGGUUCGUGGCCUCAGAGAGAGCCGGAGUUGGUAAUGAGAGCGCUGGGGUACAGACUGGAACUUGGGUUUUUCUUUUCAAACUCCUCAUUUUACAAUACCUAAUGGAUAUAAGUGGGAAAAUGUGGCUUCGGAACCCAUGCCAUUUAUAUAUCAUUGAAAUCCCCGUAGGAAAUUCAGUACUGCCAAAGAGGUCUUCAAAGCUGAAUCCACAUGCUCCCCAGUUCAGUUUUCUUGACAUCUUCCCCAGAGUCACCUGCAGACCUCCCAAAGAAGUGAUAGCCAUGGAGCUGAGCCCCGAGAGAAGCUUCAUAGAGCCUGGAAUGGACGAGCGAGAAUUCUGCAGUGCCACUUUCCAAAGACCUUACCAAUAUUUAAAAAGAUUCCAUCAAAAACAAAACCUAGACACAUUUCAAUACCAAGCAGGCUCUGUUGAAGGUACCCCAGGGGAGUGCAUCCAGCACCUCCUCAUAUAUUGUGGGGUCAUCAACCCCUCCUGGUCAGAGCUCCAGAACUUUGCUCGGUUCCUCAACUCUCAGCUCAAGGACUGUGAAGCCUGUAUGUUCUGUAAUACAGGGUUUACUGGAUUUACACUUCCAGGCUUCAAGAAUUUUGUGGUCACCUUCAUGAUCUUCAUGGCAAGAGACUUUGCCACACCGACGCUUCAUAUGUCUGACCAGAGCCCAGGGAAGCACAUGGUCACCAUGGAUGGGGUUGAUGAGGAAGAGCUUGCCCCCUUCACUCUCCGGAGGAGGUGGGAGUCAGAGCCUCACCCCUAUGUGUUCUUCAAUGGUGACCGCGAGACCAUGACAUUCAUAGGCUUCCAUCUUCGGCUCAAUGAGAAUGGCAGCGUUGACGCCAUCAACCAUCUCAAUGGGAAGAUAAUCAAGAAAGAUGUCAUGACAGAAGAACUGUACAAGGGGCUGUUGCUUCAGAGGGUGCCCUUCAAUGUUGACUUUGAUAACCUGCCCAGACACGAGAAGCUCUUGAGACUCUGCCGGCCACUAGGGAUUCCUCAGGCCCUUGAUCCCGAUGAAACAUACGAGCUUACCACAGACAACAUGCUCAAGAUCCUGGCCAUUGAGAUGCGAUUCCGCUGUGGGAUCCCAGUUAUCAUCAUGGGAGAAACAGGCUGUGGGAAAACCAGGCUCAUUAAAUUCCUUAGUGAUCUGCGGCGUUGUGGUGCCCAGGCUGAGACCAUGAAGUUGGUCAAGGUUCAUGGAGGAACAACUGCAGCCAUGAUCCACUCCAAAGUCUUGGAGGCUGAGAAAACUGCCUUAUAUAAUAAAGACCAACACCAGUUGGACACCAUCUUGUUCUUUGAUGAAGCCAACACAACAGAAGCCAUAAGCUGUAUUAAGGAAGUCUUGUGUGACCAGACCGUCACCACCUUCUCCAGACUGCUGACGAGCCAUGACUGCGAGGUCCUAGCGGCGGAGGUGAAGGGCUUGGCCCCGAAGCCUGUGAUCCUGUCACUGCAGCAGUUUGACACUGAGUACUCAUUCCUCAAGGAAGUCCGAAGCAGCUUAAUGAAGACAGCCAGACGUAAAAUCCUCAUUGUCCAGAUGGAUUUUGAUGAUGGCGCUCACAGUGCUCAGCUCAUUGCGUCAGCUAAGUAUUCUGCUAUUAAUGAAAUCAACAAAAUACAAGGAACUCAGGGCUGCGUCUUCUUCUAUUUCAUCACAAAACUGUCCCGGAUGAGGAACAGAGCAUCCUACGUGGGAUUCCAUGGAGGGCUGUGGCAGUCUGUGCACAUUGAUGACCUCCGAAGGUCCACAGUCAUGGCUGUUGAUGUGACUAAGCUGCAGAGUGUCACCAUCAGCCAGCUGUUCCUGCCAGGAGGCAGCCCAAAGUCAAAAGACAACCAGGAGGAGGUGAUGGAGGCAGAGACCAGCAAGUCAGGGGAGGUGGCAGAAAUGGAAACGGAAAAGGAGGGUUCUGAGGAGAUGGAAUGGGAGGCCGCGGACCUGCGGGGCAGUGAUGCACAGGUCCUGGACACCACCAGACUGCUGAGGAGCUGUGUGCAAAGUGCCCCCUGGCUUGUAAGCCAGAUGGCUUGUUGA